CGGACUUUUCUGUCUCCCUCAGAUGGCAUGAUCAACGUGGACAUGAGCGAGAAGCGGGCUCUGGACCUGCCCUACGCCGGCAGCUUCGCCCCGACGGUCUCUGCCUCCCGCAAUCAAACUUUCACUUACAUGGGCAAGUUCUCCAUCGACCCACAGUACCCCGGCGCCGGCUGCUACCCCGAGGGCAUCAUCAACAUCGUGAGCGCCGGCAUCCUGCAGGGGGUCAGCGCGCCCUCGUCCUCCUCGUCCUCCGCCGCCUCCUCGGCCUCGCCCAACCCGCUGCCGCCCGGCGGCGCCCUCGGCUGCCCCAUGGCGCAGGGGCAGCCUGCUGACCUGGAGCACCUCUACUCGCCGCCUCCGCCGCCCUAUUCGGCCUGCGGGGAGCUGUACCAGCAGGACCCGUCCGCCUUCCUCCCCGCCUCGUCCGCGGCUGCGCUGCCCUUCCCGCCGCCGCCGUCCUACCCGUCCCCGAAGGCGGCGGCGGCGGACGCGGGUCUCUUCACGGUGCUGCCGGACUACGCGGGCUUCUUCCCGCCCGCGCAGUGCCAGCGCGAACUGCACGCGGCGCCCGAACGCAAGCCCUUCCCCUGCCCGCUCGACUCCCUCCGGGUCCCGCCGCCGCUCACGCCACUCUCCACCAUCCGCAAUUUCACGAUGGGGGCACCUGGAUAA